AUCAAUCAAAUGACUGUCAGCAAUGGGCCCUCCCCCUCCACCCUACAAAUCAGCUGAUCAAGCCAAAUAUUUUGAUUUUCAUUUCCUUUUUAUUUUCGCAAUAUUUUCCGCAAUGUUACAAUGUUUAACGGUAUAAAAGACAAACUGCUUAACGUAACUAAGACAGUCAGCUUAUUCGCAACAGAAGACAGUGGUAGUAAAGCGAAAGGUGUGAAGCCAUUCAACCCGAGGGCAGGCUCAGGCAUUUUGCACCAUUUCCAAAACACUUGGCAGGAAAUCCACGAUUUAAACGAGGAAAAUGCUUUGGGGGCCCGCCGGGCGGCCCAACAGAUCGAAAUUAUAUCGAAGAAAAUCGUAUCGAGCAAAACAAACAUGAAGCUGAUAUCCCACAUAUUUACCAGUUCGAAUUUCGAGAGCAACAUCGCCCAGUGCCUUAACACAUUGAAAGAUAUGUACAGUGUAUGCGAGGAAGUCGAGAAGAAACUGUUGGACUUUGAAGUACUAUUAGAGGAUAUUGAGUUUGAUAAGAUGGUGAGGCAGCACAGGUUGCAUUUGGAGAACUAUCGAGUUCGAAAGGAGGAGUCCUUAAGGAAGCUGACUCAGGAAUUGGACGAGGAAUAUCAGAGGAAGCUUGAGGAGUUUGAGAGUAGCAAGAAGAGCAUUUUAGAGGAAAGACAAAAGGUGUUUCAGGAAGCUUUUAAAAAUGACCUGGAAGUUUAUAGGAGUUUGGGAACUAUUCCUAAAGUGGAACUGCCUAAAAAUCAAAAUGGGGCCAUCCUAGAAGAAAUACAGUUGGACCUUGAUCAAAGCGAGCUGGAGCAGUUCUUUAACGAUCACAACGGUGACAAUUCAAAAGGAGAAUCUGCAUGAUAUUUUUAUAUUUACAAAGUUUUAUAUUUUAUAUAUAUACAAAUUUGGAUUUAGUGCAAUAUUGUAUUAAGUGUCUGGGGUCUUGGAGCUGAGUAAUAUAUAUUUAUUUUUUAAUUCA